AUGUAUGCGUACACGAGGAGAAACGCCAUCCCCUUGCUGAUUGGGUCAUUGGCAGGAUUAACGAUAAGCUACCUAUUCGUCAACAGGAGGCAAGUGCGAAAAUGUUUGGUUUGUACGGUUGAGAGAGCCAUAGCGAAAUGGAAAAUGAGAAAGUGUGGGCGUCAUUCUCAAAAUGGCCGACACCACCACAGUAGCAAUGCACAGAGUGGUGGACGUGGGGACGGGCAAGACAUACCUGACGGAUGCCCGGGUAUGGAAAACGAACAAGCAGGAAAGUCGAAAAUUUGCGAAGGAUGUCCCAACAGAAAAAUUUGCAACGAUCCAGAAUUGAAAAAAGAAAAGGAGAAGGAAAAAAAUCAAAUUUUUAAUCAAGUUGAAGAAAAUUUAAAAAAUGUAAAAUAUAAAAUUUUGGUAUUAUCUGGAAAAGGAGGAGUCGGAAAAUCAACAGUAGCAACACAGUUAGCCUUUUCAUUAUGUUACCUAAACUAUGACGUAGGUCUUCUCGACAUUGACAUAUGUGGACCGUCCAUCCCAGUCCUAACGAAAACAGUCAGCUGUGAUGUCAACUAUAGCAUGAACGGAUGGGUUCCCAUUUAUAAAAAUAAUUUGUCCAUAAUGUCUGUGGGAUAUUUACUUCCAAAUUUUGAUGACCCAGUUAUUUGGAGGGGUCCCAAAAAAAAUGGGUUAAUUAAACAAUUCUUAUGUGAUGUGUACUGGAAAAGUUUAGACUUUUUAAUUAUAGAUACGCCCCCAGGAACUAGCGAUGAACAUCUUACCAUCUGUUCAUAUUUAAAAAAUAAUUUAAGUGGAUGCAUAAUUGUUACUACUCCACAUAUAUUAUCCAUUUGUGAUGUUAAAAAAGAAAUCGAAUUUUGCAAAAAAACAAACAUACCCAUUUUGGGCAUAAUAGAAAAUAUGUAUCAGUCCGUUUUUGUUUCUAAUUACACGGUCGAUAAGAUGUGCAAGGAAAUGAAUGUAGACUAUGCUGGUAGGAUAACCUUUAAUCAAAAGCUCAUUGAUGCUUGUCAACAUGGGGUUGGUUGCUGUGAUUUGGAUGUCCACAGUUCAUCCUCCAAAGAAAUAUUUGUACUCUGCAAAUUUAUCAUCCAAAAAAUUCUACAAAAUUGUGAGCACGUUUCAGACUCCUGUGGUGAGAAUACUCAAUUGGCUCAUUCGACCAACUUUGACCAAAAUGACAAAAAUGGGGAAGAGGAGAAUGUACAGCAAAAUGGAAAAUCUGAUCAGUCGAAAUUUUCACAAGUGCAGAUGCUUCGUCAGUUAUUAAAUCAAAUUAACCAACUCGUUGAGGACAACCCCGAAGUGAGUGCCUAA